AUGCCUGGGAAGAGGGGCUGGGGCUGGCAGUGGGCCCGGCUGCUCCUUUGCCUGCUCCUCAGCCUGUCUGGGCCCUGGGUGCCUUCCUCCCUGGGGAAGCCCAAAGGCCACCCUCAAAUGAAUUCCAUCCGCAUAGAUGGUGACAUCACUCUGGGAGGCCUGUUCCCGGUGCACGGCCGGGGCUCAGAGGGCAAGGCCUGCGGAGAACUCAAGAAGGAAAAGGGCAUCCACCGGCUGGAGGCCAUGCUCUUUGCUCUAGAUCGCAUUAACAAUGACCCGGACCUGCUGCCCAACAUCACGUUGGGCGCCCGCAUACUGGACACCUGCUCCAGGGACACCCAUGCCCUGGAGCAGUCGCUGACCUUUGUGCAGGCGCUCAUUGAGAAGGAUGGCACGGAGGUCCGCUGUGGCAGCGGCGGCCCGCCCAUCAUCACUAAACCUGAGCGCGUGGUGGGUGUCAUCGGUGCUUCAGGGAGUUCGGUCUCCAUCAUGGUGGCCAACAUCCUUCGCCUCUUCAAGAUCCCCCAGAUCAGCUACGCCUCCACAGCCCCUGACCUGAGUGACAACAGCCGCUACGACUUCUUCUCCCGCGUGGUGCCCUCGGACACGUACCAGGCCCAGGCCAUGGUGGACAUCGUCCGUGCCCUCAAGUGGAACUACGUGUCCACGCUAGCCUCAGAGGGCAGCUACGGUGAGAGCGGCGUGGAGGCCUUCAUCCAGAAGUCCCGUGAGGACGGGGGUGUGUGCAUUGCCCAGUCGGUCAAGAUACCACGGGAACCCAAGCCUGGGGAGUUCGACAAGAUCAUCCGGCGCCUCCUGGAGACCUCGAACGCCAGGGCGGUCAUCAUCUUUGCCAAUGAGGAUGAUAUCAGGCGUGUGCUGGAGGCGGCCCGGAAGGCCAACCAGACCGGCCACUUCUUCUGGAUGGGCUCGGACAGCUGGGGCUCCAAGAUCGCCCCUGUGCUGCACCUGGAGGAGGUGGCCGAGGGUGCCGUCACUAUCCUCCCCAAGAGGAUGUCCGUGCGAGGCUUCGACCGCUACUUCUCCAGCCGCACGCUGGACAACAACCGGCGCAACAUCUGGUUUGCUGAGUUCUGGGAGGACAACUUCCAUUGCAAGUUGAGCCGCCACGCGCUCAAGAAAGGCAGCCAUGUCAAGAAGUGCACCAACCGCGAGCGCAUUGGGCAGGACUCGGCGUACGAGCAGGAGGGGAAGGUGCAGUUUGUGAUUGACGCCGUGUACGCCAUGGGCCACGCGCUGCACGCCAUGCACCGUGACCUGUGUCCGGGCCGCGUGGGGCUCUGCCCGCGCAUGGACCCUGUGGACGGCACCCAGCUGCUCAAGUACAUCCGCAGCGUCAAUUUCUCAGGCAUCGCGGGGAACCCUGUGACCUUCAAUGAGAACGGAGACGCACCUGGGCGCUAUGACAUCUACCAGUACCAGCUGCACAACGGCUCUGCCGAGUACAAGGUCAUCGGCUCCUGGACUGACCACCUGCACCUCAGAAUAGAGCGGAUGCAAUGGCCGGGGAGCGGGCAGCAGCUGCCCCGCUCCAUCUGCAGCCUGCCCUGCCAGCCGGGUGAGCGGAAGAAGACGGUGAAGGGCAUGCCCUGCUGCUGGCACUGCGAGCCCUGCACGGGGUACCAGUACCAGGUGGACCGCUACACCUGCAAGACGUGUCCCUACGACAUGCGGCCCACAGAGAACCGCACGGGCUGCCAGCCCAUCCCCAUCAUCAAGCUUGAGUGGGACUCACCCUGGGCCGUGCUGCCCCUCUUCCUGGCUGUGGUGGGCAUCGCUGCCACGCUCUUCGUGGUGGUCACCUUCGUGCGCUACAACGACACGCCCAUCGUCAAGGCCUCGGGCCGCGAGCUGAGUUACGUGCUGCUGGCGGGGAUCUUCCUGUGCUACGCCACCACCUUCCUCAUGAUCGCCGAGCCCGACCUGGGUACCUGCUCUCUGCGCCGGAUCUUCCUGGGGCUCGGCAUGAGCAUCAGCUAUGCGGCCCUCCUCACCAAGACCAACCGCAUCUAUCGCAUCUUCGAGCAGGGCAAGCGGUCGGUCAGCGCCCCGCGCUUCAUCAGCCCCGCCUCGCAGCUGGCCAUAACCUUCAGCCUCAUCUCCCUGCAGCUGCUGGGCAUCUGCGUGUGGUUUGUAGUGGACCCCUCCCAUUCGGUGGUGGACUUCCAGGACCAGCGGACGCUCGACCCCCGCUUCGCCAGGGGCGUGCUCAAGUGUGACAUCUCGGACCUGUCGCUCAUCUGCCUGCUGGGCUACAGCAUGCUGCUCAUGGUCACGUGCACCGUGUACGCCAUCAAGACGCGCGGAGUGCCUGAGACCUUCAACGAGGCCAAGCCCAUCGGCUUCACCAUGUACACCACCUGCAUCGUCUGGCUCGCCUUUAUCCCCAUCUUCUUUGGUACCUCGCAGUCGGCUGACAAGCUGUACAUUCAGACGACGACGCUGACGGUCUCGGUGAGUCUGAGCGCCUCGGUAUCCCUGGGGAUGCUCUACAUGCCCAAGGUCUACGUCAUCCUCUUCCACCCGGAGCAGAACGUGCCCAAGCGCAAGCGCAGCCUCAAAGCCGUCGUCACCGCCGCCACCAUGUCCAACAAGUUCACGCAGAAGGGCAGCCUCCGGCCCAACGGCGAGGCCAAGUCCGAGCUCUGCGAGAACCUGGAAGCUCCAGCGCUGGCCACCAAACAGACCUACGUCGCCUACACCAACCAUGCAAUCUAGCUAGGCCACCGGAGCUGCACAGGAGGAGGAGAACUGACCCUUGUGGAUGGUGCGUCGGGCCAGGCCCCCCACCCCAGGGGGGCCCAGCUGAUGUCCUACCUGCCCGUGGGCACCCACGGACGUGGCUUGGUGCUGAAGAUAGCACAGCCCCCAGCGGUCACUGCUGGGUUGCCUGGGCAAGCCGGGCUGGUGACAGGAGGAGGAUGAGGGGCCGGGGAAGCUUCAGGCCACCCCAAGACCCUGUGUCCUGGACCAAAGCCCCUCCCAGCCCCAAACCACAGGAGGGCCCCCACGCUGGUUUUCUCUCUCCCUCGUCUCUCUCUGUCCUAUUGGUGACCUUCUCAGUCUGUCUCCAUCCCUGUCCUUAUUUUCUCUUCUCUCUUUGUAUCGCCUGUUCUCUCUGUGUCUGUCUGCUUUUUCUGUAUCUUCUAUCUUUCUGUCUCUGCCUUUUCUCUGCCGUCUCCAGCUUUCUCCUGUCUUUUCUCUUGUGCUCCACCCAGGUCUCUCCUCUUGCGCAUUUUUGUUUCCUGUCCUCAGCCACCUCCUCACCUUCGUUUACAUCCAACCUUUGCUCUCUCUCCCUGCCAUCUUUUCCUAAUUCACCAAAUCUUACAUGUCGCAAAAGAGAAAAAAGGAAAAAAAAAAAAAUCAAAACACAAAAAAGCCAAAACUAAAACAAAUCUCGAGUGUCUUGCAAAGUGCUGCGUCCUCCUGGUGGCCUCUGUGUGUGUCCCCAUGGCCCGCAGCUUGCCCGCCUGCCCCCUCCCGUCUGCCAUGUGUCCUGCCCGCCUGCCCCUCCUGCUGAUGACACGGAGUUCAGUGCCUGGGUGUUUGGUGAUGGUUAUUGAUGACAAUGUGUAGCGCAUGAUU